CUGUCAGCUGUCAAACUGUCAUGGAAAAACGUAAACAACCUCUUUGUUGUGAUUCUGUACCUAUCCAUUGAUGUUAUAAUCACAACUUUUAUUUUGUUCAUAUUCGUAAAAUCGUAACCAAUGGAAUCUAAUUAACAACUAAGUUUACUCCUUAUAACAAAAGGAUGUCUCAAAUAUGAAAUAAGUGCGCAAUAACCUGCAAUAUUUACCGGCGGCUCCUCUACUUUUUAAUUCCAAGUUCAACUUCCGACAAGUAGCAGCUCCAACAAAAUGACUAAAAUUGAAACUUACGUAUUCUUCGACAUCGAAACUACAGGACUGCCACACGAGGAGAGAAAUAAAACUAAGAUUACUGAACUUUGUUUCGUAGCAGUUCUGCGAGAACACAUCAAACGAACACAUCCAUUUGCUAUCAGUACGCCAGUGAGUAAACUGACUUUACUUAUCAAUCCACAGAAAAGGAUAAGCCCUAUAUCAGAAAAAAUUACCGGCUUGUCUAAUGAUUUGUUGAAGAAUGCUCCAAUUUUCCAAGAAUAUGUGCACACCAUCAUAUCAUAUCUGUCAUCACUCCCCAAGCCUAUAUGCCUGGUUGCUCAUAACGGCGACCGGUUUGAUUACACAAUUCUCUUGGCAGAAUUCUUAGAUGCCAAUGCUACACUGCCACAGGACAUACUUUGUGUUGACUCAUUGACUGCAUUUCGACAGAUAUUAAAAAAUAGUAACAUAGUUCCUUCGACUGUGAGAAAAGAUGACGCAACAACGAAAAGUAGCUCUACAAAGGAUGACUCAAUGUUAGAGGAGGACUCAUUAGCUAGAGAUAACAACUCUUUAAUAAGUGAAGAUUCUUUGAUAAGCGAAGACUGGCCCGAUCUUGAUGUAAGUGCAGACGACUGGAAGGAAAUUGAUUCUUUAUGUUCCUCUUUCUCUGAAAUGCCUUUAGAUGGUAACAAGUCCAGUAGCAAUUCUGAUGAGCCUAAGGCACAACCAAAAAAUGUAGAUAAAAAUGAAAAAAUAAGUUAUAAAUUAGUAGAUAUUUAUAAAAGGAUAGUGAAAAAGGAUGCAUACAAUGCUCAUAGAGCAGAAGAUGAUUGUUUUAUGCUUAUGGAAUGUGUGAUGGCUACCAAGGAGUUCCUACCAUGGGCGGAGAAGCACUGUAAAAGUAUUCAUGACAUUUCUCCUUUGGACCGCCACAAAUAUGACUUUAAAACAUCCUCCCCAUGCUAAAUCAUUUAGCUACACUUUAUUAUUCAACUGUAAAUGCUUUUUGCAAAUAGUUUAUUAUUGUUGUUAAAUGAUUGUUUUGAACAAAACAUUUUAAUUUGUGACUAUUAAUUAAUCAUGUUACUAAUAGUAAUUGUUACUUAUAUUCUUUAAUUGUAUUAGUAUUUAGAAUAUUAUUUUUAUGGUUUAAUGAUUGUUUUGAACAAAACAUUUUAAUUUGUGACUAUUAAUUAAUCAUGUUACUAAUAGUAAUUGUUACUUAUAUUCUUUAAUUGUAUUAGUAUUUAGAAUAUUAUUUUUAUGGUUUAAAACUCUAUGAAACUGUAGGUUCUUCCAGUCUUUAUCACAAGUCAAUUAGGGUCUUAGGUUGUGCUCAAUACUUGCUACCCCUAUCCACAUUACAUUGUAUAGCUUAUUAUUUGUUACAAACAUAUAUUUUUAAGUAGAUUUAUAUUUUAUUUUGUGACUUUAUAACCAUUUUUGAUAUAAUCAAUCAUAUUUUUACUAGGUAGUGAUUACCAAUACAUAAAUGAUAAUUUUUUGAAUCAUGUUAUUAUUGAGAGAGUAUUUACUUUAAGAUUUAUAUUUUUGUUACUAUAACAUUUAUAAUUUUUGAUGUUUGCUUGAAAUUGAUUUAUGAAACUAAUAAAAAUAUAUCAUUAACAUGA